GCAGAUACGCGCACUAGCUGCCGCUGAAAACACUGAAAUGUUUUCCCUCAAACUGUUUUUAUUCAACUCCGGUUUUGGUGUGUGAUAAAUGUUCGUUUGUGGGAGAUAUUUUUUAAAAAAGAAGAGAAACGGGAGCGGCGCCGACACACGUGAGUUUUAAUGUCGACAGAAGAAGUGGCGAGAAGUGAAACCGCUGACUUUGUUCAGUCUGCGCACUUCAGACUUUGGAUGUAAAAGUGCAGUUUGGCUGUCGAGGCCUCGGACUCCGCUCCGCUUCAUGAGCCCGUUGGCAGGAUGUCGCUGAGCUCCGGCGGAUGGACCCACGUCCCCGCUGUUCCCCCGGUGCCCCCCGCAGCUCGCUGCGGCCCCUGGCGGCCUCCGCCCGGCUCCCUCACCGUCCUCACGUCGGUGCGCGUGUCGGUCUGUCACUCUGGUAUCCGUCCGCUGUGUCUUGCGGGAGCAGGUGAUGAGUCACUCCGCCUGCAGCUCAGUAUGGACCCGGGAAAGUCCGGGGAAUUCCGCCUGUCGCUCCAUAACAGCGGCGGCUCCGGUCGCAGUUCGACCAUCGCUGACUUUGAUCUGAGGUCCGUAAGCUACGAGGUCAAGUCUCCAAAAUGUCAUGAGCUGAGUUUGGCCGCACCUCCUCAUGACCGCAUCACCUUCAACUUUCGCUGUGAGCAAGAGGCCCAGGAGUGGGCCACUGUGGUGAUGUCAUCACUGAGAGAGGCGCACAGGGUGGCAGCUGAACCUCAAGAUAAUGGAACAAAACACUCACUGGAAUCUCUGCAGCUUCAGAACACCCUGACCUUACAGCGUACAGAGGACACGUGUGUGGAGCUGAGCCGAGCCAUUCAAGCGGGUGACACACGGGCGGCAUCGGCCUUUGCCGCCACGCUCGCCAGUCAACACGCCACUCUCAAGAUCCAGCCCUCUGUCAGAGACUACGAAGACACUGAACUCAACUUGGCUGUUGUCGUUGAGGAUUCCUCGUCAUCCUGUUGUGUCACUGUCAAAGUUUUCACACACAUGACUAUUGCAGCGCUGAAACAGCAGAUGUUUCUUGAGUAUGGUUUUCACCCGCGGGUGCAGCGCUGGGUGAUUGGCCAGUGCCUGUGUAAUGACCAGCGUUCUCUGGCCUCUUACGGCGUUCAUCAGGACGGGGACACAGCCUUCUUGUACCUCUUGUCAGCCCGACAUGCUCGAUUGACACCUCAUCUCCUCCAGCAGGACCAGGAGAGCGCCCUCCUCGUCUGUCCUCCAAACAUCCCUCUCGCCUCGGCAAACGGUCCCCCGUCUCAAGAGAGGCCUUACGGCACACUGCCGCUGAAACUUAGUGCCAGCAGCUCCGCAGGUGGCUCUGACCGGGUAACCAUCGGUAACAUCAGGGAUCUCUUCAACCUGGAGAUGCUGCACCUCAGUGAGGCGCUGAGUCCCAAACUGUCAUCCACUCAGGGUUGGUCGUGUCCCUCGUGCACCUACAUCAACAAACCCACACGACCGGGCUGUGAGAUCUGCAGCACAAACCGACCUGAGAGCUACGCGAUCCCGGGCGGGUACCGUCCCGACGAACUGGAACUCAGGUGGCUCCAGCAAGAAAAGGAGGCCAUGAGGCAGUUCCAGCAGGCGAGGGAGGAGGAGCGCAGAGAGAACUACGCCCGGCUGGUGAUGAUGGACGGUCAGGACCUUGUGCCGAACCCUGAAACUGUGGACUGCAGGAUCUGUUACGUGGACCUCCAGCCUGGAGAGGGAGUACUACUAAGGGAGUGUCUCCACUGUUUCUGCAAGGAAUGUUUGCGCUCCGUCAUCCUGCUGUGUGACGAUCCAGAGGUGUCCUGUCCCUACAGAGACGACACGUACGCCUGCACAUGCACCCUGCAGGAGCGGGAGAUCAAAGCUCUGGUGUCGUCAGACGAGUACGAGCGCUGGCUGCAGAGGGGUCUGUCGGUGGCUGAGUCUCGAUGUGAAGGCAGCUACCACUGUGCAACUCCGGACUGUCCAGGCUGGUGCGUGUAUGAGGACACGGUUAACGUCUUCCACUGUCCGGUCUGUAGAAGACACAACUGUCUCAUUUGCAAGUCUGUCCAUGAGGGGAUGAACUGUAAGCAGUACCAGGACGAUCUGGCUGCCCGAGCGAUUAAUGAUUCUGCUGCCAAGAGAACGACUGACCUCCUGAAGACGCUUGUGCAGUCGGGCGAAGCGAUACACUGUCCACAGUGUGGGAUCAUUGUGCAGAAGAGGGAUGGGUGUGAUUGGCUGCGUUGCACUGUCUGUCACAUCGAGAUCUGCUGGGUGACCAGGGGGCCCCGCUGGGGGCCGAAGGGUCCUGGGGACACCAGCGGGGGCUGUCGUUGCAACAUCAACAAUCAGAAAUGCCACCCGAAAUGCCAGAACUGCCACUGAGACUCUGGUGGGUGAUCAGACUGCAAACAAAGAAAAGUUACUGAAGAUAAAAUUAACUGUUGUCCAAGAAAAGAGGACUGCAGGUGAAAAAAGAAAUGACUGACUUCUGAUCGUUCAGGAGUGCGUCGGGUAUCAGACACUUUUUUUCUGCUUGAGCUUUCUUCUUGCAUUUUUAAUUUCCUGUAUAAAAAGAUCGGCAUGAAUCUAACGUGGGCGAUGCACGAACAAAACGCCUCACCUUUAAUGAUGAUCAUUUGUCCUCUAAGUGGUUACACGUUUACAAGCGAAGCAUCAAUAACCAGUGCCUUUUUAAAUAACUGCACCUUUUUUCUUUUGUAGUUAACAUACCAGGAAGCAUUAAACUGAAGUGUUCUUAUUUCUUGUGCACAGAUGCUGUAGCAGAAAGAUGAAUGAUGUCUCUCUAGAAAUGUGACUGGAUCUCUUGUGUCUUUAAUAUGCAAAUACGUGCUGAGACAAAGCACAAAUCUAUAUAUCUGUUGAUACUUACAGAAUAUUCUGUUUGCGUGACUGCGCGUGUGUGUGUGUUUCUGACUAGGCAGGUUUGAAAUGAGUGUUUUAAGGGUUUUUCUUUUUUGUUUUCUCACAUGCUGAAAUGUUUUUGGUGCAGACGCAGCCACGUGAUCCUUGUAUUAGCAUAGCACCAACAGUUAGCAGAGGGUAUUAAUAAAUAAUAACUGCAGUACUUGAACAUUUUCUUUAGAUUGAAGCAUGUGUAUACACGUGUAGUUAAUAUCAUAUCUCAACCAGUGAGCCCAAAUAUUUAAGCUAUGCUCUACUGAAAAGUGUUACAGGAAAAUAAAAUCUUACACAGUAGUAAUCCUUUCAGAAUUUCUAUGGGAUUUGUAUUGGGAGAAAUUCUACAGGGAUGAAGAAAUCAUACUGUAAUUCGUAUGACUUUUUAGAGGAACCCUGUAAUAAUUCUUAUAAGGAAACUCCAGUUGGGUUCCCAUGGGAUUCUUAGUUUUUCUGUGAUAUUCUCAUAUUUUUACUAUUGGGGGAAAUCCUGUAGGAUUCUUUUCAAGAGAAAUUGUGAAGAAAUCCUAUAGGACUGAAGAAAUACUUGACUUUCUAUAGGACCUUUUAGAGGAAUGUUAUAGUAAUUCAUAUAAGGAAAUUCCAGUAGGGUUUCUAUAGCAUUCUUAGCUUUCCUGUGACAUUCUUGCAGUUGUCCUAUAGGAUUCCUGCAGGAAGAAAUCCUGGAGGAUACCUUUAGACAAAUGGUGAAGGAUUCCUAUUGUAGGAGAAUCACAUAGGAUUCAAGAAAUCACACUGGAAUUACUAUAGGACCUUUUUAAAUGAAUCCUAUAGUGAUUCCUAUAUGGAAACUCCAAGAGUUCCUGUAGAAUUCUUAGAGUUUUCCUGUAAAAUUGGUGUUAGACGAAAUCCUGUAGGAUUCCUACAUAAUUAAACAGAUCCUAUAGGAAGAACUCUUGUAGGAUGCCUGUGGGAUGAAUUCAUAUAAGACUGAAGGAAUCUUAUAGGGAUUCCUGUAGGACCAAUACACAGUAUCCAGAUUUGGCAGACGGUUAAUUUUGAGAGGUGGGAAUGUACUUGUAGUCUGCCUGGUUGGUUGUUAUCCAGGACCCAAGGCCAUUCCGCGGUGUCAUGGAUGUGGCAAUGCACAAUGCCAGUGCAUGCUCCCAGAUUUUAAUUUGAGGAAUCCUGUAGUCAUUCUUGCAAAGCAAUUCCAAUAGGAUUGUUCCAGUUUUCUAUAGGGUUCCUAUAGGAAAAGGUCAGUUGGAUUACUGACAAGAGAUCUCACAGGAUUCUUACUGAUGAAAAUUCUGUAUACCUUGAGGAGUUUUUGCGUAGGGUAUAUAUUGAUGUUUCUGCUGUGUGUGUGUGUGUGUGUUCGCUAAAACAUUGGUCAUAUUUAUAAUGUCUUAAUUCAUAUAAGCACUGAUUUUUUAAUUUGAUGGUUCUCCAUCAAAUCCUCUAGAACCAAAAAGGAAUGAGAAUCCUUUAGAGCUAAACUGUUUCUCAGAUUAACGUUACAUCUGUGCAGCUAAUGUUCCACCGUGCCUUCAAUAAAUACCUCCCAAAUG